AUGGACCAAUUUAUUCCUAAUUUUCGCGACGAAACUGUUCGAACAUCAGUGAAAAAUUUGCUAACCGCUACUUGGUUACGACAAUCAGAAAUCGAUUUUAUAUUCUGCAAUUCUUUCGGUCAUACUUGUUCAUAUUUUGCUUUUUUUAUUCGUUUACACAGCUUAUCAGUCGGAAGCAAAGCCGGAGAAGGAAGAAUAAUAGCGGUUAUAUUGGCAGAAAUGACUUUUUCAAAAUACCCGGUAUAUUUGGGUUUUGGAAAUGUGCUUGAGCCUGCUCUUUCCUAUCGCUUAUUAUCACAUUAUAUGCCACUGGGUAAAAUUGGUGGUAAACCUGCUUGGUUAAAUCCUGUCAGUCUUCCUGCUAAUAGCUCUCUUCUUUGUCGAGUUUGUGAGAAACCAAUGGUGUUUUUAAUUCAAGUAUAUGCUACAAGCCCUGAUGAUCAAGAUUAUUCGUUUCAUCGUACUUUAUUUUUCUUUAUUUGUCGAAAUUCACAAUGUUCACAGAGCAAUGACGCCAGUAACGUCCGCGCUUUUCGGUGUACCUUAUCACGAUUCAACGAAUUUUACGCUUCUGAACAACCUAUUGAUCCUGAUUUAGAAGGUGAUGUUCCGGAUCCAUUCUGGAAGCAAACAUAUCCUCAUUUAUGUCAAAUUUGUGGCUGUAGUGCUACCAAGAAAUGUGCGCGUUGUGAAUCUACAUGGUACUGUAGUCGCGAACAUCAGACAAUUGAUUGGAGUUCGUCGCAUAAAAGAGAAUGCUGCAAACAGAGUUCAACUAAUGAACACAUUUCUUCAAUUUCUGAUAAUGACGAAAAAGAUGAUGAAAACAGUUGGGUAAAACGGAAACGAAGUAUUCCGAUAAAUGCAUUUGUUUUCCCGGAGUAUGCAAUAGAGAUGGGUACGGAGCAUUUGCCACGAAGUAAUCAUGUUGAUAGUGAUGAUGAUAAUAGUGAGAGUGAUGAUGAUAGUGCCGAGAAACGUAUGGAGGAAUACAAGCAAUAUAUUAAAAAGCAUAAGGGUUCGUGCGAUUCGGGUAAUGGUGAUUUGGAGGAUUUAGAAGAUUUCGCAGAUAAGGACACUGCUUUCAAAUAUUUUAAUAAGGUAGUAUCGCUGAAUCCUGAGCAGGUGUUACGUUAUAGUCGUGGUGGUGAACCGCUGAUAGCAACUGAUCAUGCACCACCACCUCAAGCAAUUCCACCAUGCUCCUUAUGCGGAUCAGAGCGUCAAUUCGAGCUUCAACUUAUGCCCCAUCUUUUGGCACUUAUUGGCGUUGAUGAUCUUGGUAAAAGUAUUGAUUGGGCGACAUUGAUGCUAUAUACAUGCACGCAGAAUUGUCGCGUGCCAAGUGAUGGCUAUGCUGAGGAAUUUGUUCAUAAGCAAGAUUUCCAUUAA